GUAAGUUGUUGGUAGUGAUAUAGGCGUUCGUCGCCAGGUGCUGCAACCAGUUCUCGCUUUCGUCGGGAAACGACGCACGUGAGGAGUUCUGAUUUGGUGUAGCUGACUGUGUGUUUAGGGGACAACAUGAUCAGCUGUAUGGUAGGACUUGCGGAAUGCCCACCCUACCGACGGCGGAGGAUAUGGCGGAAAGCUUUUGCUAUGAUGGAUACAUCAUUGCUAAAGGUUCCAGGUGAAAUCACUUUCUUCCUGCAAGCAGGAUUGUUCAAGGACACUGUUUCAGUGGAUGUCAGUGAGCUCAACCUUAAAAAACUCAAAGACUUGGCAUGCAACUUCAUCGACAAGAAGUUCCCUGACCACGGCUUGAAUCGCCUGAGUGAGCGCCUUAUCCUAUUUCGUCAUGACUACAACUCAGAAAACAUGUUGCUUCCAAUCAGUGCAGCCACCGACAUCACAGAGAACACUGUUGUGGAAAUCAUUCUGUCAGUAAAUAACCCAACUGAUGAUAUUCAGAUAAGACCACAUGGCCUCAUGGUGCAUUCAUAUAAAUCCCCAACUUUUUGUGACUUUUGUGGAGAAUUGCUGUUUGGACUGGUGAGACAAGGGCUUAAGUGUGAAGGGUGUGGUUUAAAUUUCCACAAAAGGUGUGCUUAUAAAAUUCCAAACAAUUGUACAGGCACAUAUAGACGAAGGUCCUCAACUUACCUCUAUCCCCGAACUCCUAUGGAACUGGUGAGGACCACAAGCAGUGGGCCAGUAUUUUCAGAUGAUAUUUCUUUGAUGCCGAUUUCUUCAGGAAAAGAAAAAAAAUCUUCUGUCAACAUGGGCAGGCCACCGUGGGUUGACAGAGAGUUGGCAGGAAGAAUCAAAGUUCCACAUACCUUUGUUGUACAUUCAUACACUCGUCCCACUGUGUGUAAGCACUGUAAAAAACUCCUAAGGGGUUUGUUUCGCCAAGGCAUGCAGUGCAAAGAUUGCAAGUUAAAUGUUCACAAGCGGUGCAGUGAAAAAAUUCCUAUGGAUUGUACAGGAGAAGCUCCAAAAGAAUGGUUGGAAGGAGGUGAGAACACAGAUGGUGAAAAUAGUGGAGACACCAUGAAUGGAGAUAAUGAAGCUGAAAGAGUUGAUGAGGAGUCUGGUAAUGAAAGUGAGAGUUCUUCAGAUAAAGGAGAAGACUUUAAACUUCCAUUAAAUGGGACAACCAGCAACAAUAUUCCCCUAAUGAGGAUAGCCCAGAGCAUAAAACAAACUAAACGUAUAAGUUCUAAAGUGCUCAAGGAAGGUUGGAUGGUACACUAUACAAAUAAAGACAGCAUGAGAAAAAGACAUUACUGGAGGUUGGAUACUAAAACAAUAACGAUGUUUCAAAGUGAAACAACUUCCAAAUACUAUAAGGAAAUUCCUUUGUCAGAAAUCUUUACUGUAGAAACUGUAAAAGACAGAUUAACUGCUGAUAAAUCGCUUCAAACACAUUGUUUUGAACUCCGAACAGCUAAUGUUGACUACUUUGUUGGGGAGGACCCAAACAAAGAUUAUAACUGGGAGGUUGCGAUUCACCAAGCUUUGAUGCCAGUAAUGGCAACUCAGAAUAAUCGUUCAUCAAAUGAUACAUCUGAUGAAGAACAGCAACCUGAGAGUAACAAGGAUAUUAGUCGCAUGUACCAGAUUAUUCCAGAUGAAGUUCUUGGUUCAGGACAGUUUGGUAUUGUGUAUGGAGGAGUGCAUCGAACAAGUAGUAGAACUGUGGCAAUUAAAGUGAUAGACAAGACCAAGCUGCCAACCAAGCAGGAGGCCCACUUAAAGAACGAAGUGAUUAUACUUCAGAAUAUUAAUCAUCCUGGUGUAGUGACUUUGGAGAAGAUGGUGGAAACUCCUGCCAGAAUUUUUGUUAUUAUGGAAAAACUAAAAGGGGAUAUGCUAGAAAUGAUUCUGUCAAGCGAGGAACGAAGAUUGUCUGAGAGAAUUACCAAAUUUAUUGUUUACCAGAUUCUUAUUGCACUGAAACAUCUGCAUUUCAAAAACAUUGUUCAUUGUGAUCUAAAGCCAGAGAAUGUGCUCCUGUCCUCUGAUUCAGAUUUCCCUCAGGUGAAACUCUGUGAUUUUGGAUUUGCCAGAAUUAUAGGUGAAAGAUCAUUCAGAAGAUCUCUGGUAGGAACUCCAGCAUAUUUAGCACCCGAAGUAGUUAGAAACAAGGGCUACAACAGAUCACUGGACAUGUGGUCCGUUGGGGUCAUACUUUAUGUCAGUUUAAGUGGAACAUUCCCUUUCAAUGAGGAGGAAGACAUUCAUGACCAGAUUCAAAAUGCUACCUUUAUGUACCCACCUAAUCUUUGGAAGGAGAUAUCACCUGAUGCUGUUGACUUGAUCCAGAAUUUGCUACAAGUAAAAACAAGAAAACGUUACACUGUUGACAAGUCCUUAUGCCAUCCUUGGUUGCAAGACUAUCAGUUGUGGUGUGACUUAAGAGAGUUAGAAGCUCAAGUUGGAAUCAGAUAUUUAACACAUGAAUCGGAUGAUGAUCGUUGGGAAGCCUAUCGUCUGGAACACAAUCUUCCACUAUCAAACUAUCCCAUGUUAUCUCAGGAGAGACAUAAAAUGUCUACCUAUGGUAACCAGAGGGUAUCUUCAGGUUUAGUAAAUGUAUUGGAAGAAGUGGCAUCAGUGAAGUUGUAAACACAGCCUUUUAGCUGAUUAGGUUGUUACUUUCCUGACAAUCAUUUUACUGUGAUGAGUUACUUAAAUAUUGCAUUGUAAAAUAGUCAUGUGCAUGUUUUUGUCCCUUUUGUAGACUUUUAUGAAGUAUGAAUUGUAAAGUAUAUCUUAUUUUCUUAAAAGACACAAAUGAAAUAUAACA